CCGUCAGACAGCCGGCCCCGGAGGGGCGGGGGCUCGGGCUCGGCGGCGCGGCGCGGCGGGAGCUGGCGAGCGGCGGCCGGGAGGAGGAGGAGGAGGGAAGCCCGCUCGCUCGCUCGCUCCCCGCAUCCCCAGGCCAGGAGAUAAGCAAGGACCUUCCAGCAGAGGGACACAAAUAUGCACUAUGAGGUUGCAGAGUUUCAGAAACCCAGUACCAGUGCAGCCUUCUUUGAAGCAAUUGAUAAAUGCCAAGUAGUGCCUAUGAAGGAACUGCCACAAGUGACUUGUUCGAACGCUGGUAAAGCUUUUUUGAAUUCUCAGAUGUCCUUUAAAAUAACUGUCAACAACAGCGGCGACAAUACAGAACCGCAGCAAAGUCCCCAUGAAAUGUCAGUGCCGCUGUUAGAUCUCAUCCCCAAAAGACCAAGCAUAUUUGAGAGGCUUCCAAUCCUUCAGCGGACACAGGAGUUCCGAUGUCCUAAAAGCUCCAAAGAGUAUUUCCAGCAACAGAAACAUCAAAGCGUGAAGGUGAAUGGUGGAUACAGCCAUUGUAAUUUGAUCUCCGAGAAGAAGAACAUGAUGGACAUGGAAAUGACAAAUAGCUCAGUACCUGUCUGUAGGCAGAGUCUGCUCAUCCACACAGGAAAUCCACUUACCCGAGACCACCCAUUAUCUCGUGAGAGAUUGCUACAUGUCGGUCACCUGAAUUUAACACAUUCGGAUACCAGGUCUCCCAGGUUUCAAGACUCCAUCGAUUCUUCCACUUUGUGCAUGAAUGGAAGUCACCCAGCUCAGCACAUUAAGCAAGAGUGCCCAGGUGAUUAUAAGGUUCUUUCGGAGGUUUCUGCACAUAGAAGGACUACAGAGGGAAUGGAGCUGCGAGCCUCUGGUAGUCUGCAUCCUGAAAUAGACCUAAUGAAUAAUAGCUUUACAAAUUCACUUUCAUCAUACUUGUUUAAUAAUGAACAUAGCUCCUCCCUGGGUUCAUUGUCAUUUGGCAGCCCUCAACAUUCAGCCAGGCUACAAUCAAGCAACCUGAAGAAAAGAUGCAUCUCUGUUAUGCCAUCUUCAGCUGAAGGAAUCGAUAUUACAGCUAUUAUCCGCACAUCACAGACAUCACUGGUCACCUGCGUGAAUGGUCUGCGGACUAAUUCGGCUGGCAUUUCCUCUCAUCCUUUGGAGAUCAGUCACCACAGUGCUCAGAAAUCUUCUCGUCCCCAGUCUUGCUCUCAGCCUGGGAACCCUUGCAGUCUUCCCUCUCCCUCAGCAUGCCUUGUACCUAUUUCCACUGAAUGUGACAGAGUUGACUGUGAUCCGCUACAAAUGCAGCAAAUAGAGGAAAAUGCAAGUCUUAACCUUAUGAUGAAUGGUACUGGUAUUCCUCAGCAAGACGCCUCACACAGCAGCCAGAAGGUGAGUUUCUUAAAACAAGAACCGGUCGAUGAUUAUUCCUCUAACACAGAUCUCUUUCGGCAUCGUCAGGGGCUGCCGCCGCCGCCUUAUCAUUUACACCAGCAGCUAAGCCAGACUCAAGGGACGUUGCCUCAUUUACAUGUCUCCAUGUCUCCAAAGUCCCUUCAGCCCAGUGAAGGAGAUGAACAAGAGGUCAGCAAUGGCACACAGGUCUGUCGGUGGAUUGACUGCAAUGCCACUUAUGACCAACAAGAUGGACUGGUCAGACACCUAGAAAAAACGCACAUUGACCAGAGGAAGGGAGAGGACUUUACUUGCUUCUGGGCAGGCUGUGUCCGUCGGUAUAAGCCUUUCAAUGCUCGUUACAAACUGCUGAUUCAUAUGAGGGUUCAUUCUGGAGAAAAACCAAACAAGUGUAUGUUUGAAGGGUGCAACAAGGCAUUCUCUAGACUUGAAAAUCUUAAGAUUCACCUGCGGAGUCAUACUGGAGAGAAACCUUACCUAUGUCAGCACCCUGGCUGCCAGAAAGCUUUCAGUAACUCCAGUGAUCGGGCAAAGCACCAGCGCACACACCUGGAUACUAAACCAUAUGCCUGUCAAAUUCCCGGGUGCUCCAAACGCUACACGGAUCCAAGUUCCCUGCGCAAGCAUGUGAAAGCUCAUUCUGCCAAAGAACAACAGCUACAUUCAUGUACUGAUAUUGAACAAGAUGUACUAAGUGAAUGCUUAGCUAUACAGCAGCUCCACACAUCUUCACAACACAUUUUGGAUGGGAAGUGUGGUAGAUCUAUAGGUCACCAUGAUCUAAUAGCAGGCAUGUACACUGGUUCCAGCACUAACCAUAAUGGACCAUCACCAGGUCUCCUGCCACCUAUUCACGACAUACCCUCAAGACACCAUCCACUGGAAUCAACCCUUGCCAGUCCACACCAUCAUCUGUUACCUUUGGAGACUACCAGGGAAGGGCUUGCUCCAAAUAUUCUUUCACCUCUUGUCAGUCCUCUGAAAACACUAGUUCCACCUUCCCUAUUGCAGAAACAUGGUUCAUCAUCACCACACAGCCAGUCUCCAAAUGGGCAACAGUUUUCAGGAAUACCAAAUAAACCAUAUGCUCAGUAUCAAAACCAAUCUGUACAAGAGGGACUGCAAGGUUACCAAGGCAGCUUUCACUCAAUACAAAACUGUUUCCACUACGGAGACUGCUACAGAACAGUGGAACAGUCUGUCAACGGUGAUGUGCUAACAGGGGAAUCCCAUUGCUUUAAUCCUUUGAGACAGAAUGGGUGUCACAUACUCAAUGCACCUUUAGCUUCAACAGGCUACGAUGUAAUUUCUGAAGCACAAUGUGGGUCUGAAGAAGCAGUCACCAAUGGAAAUGAAGAAAAUGGAUUUUUCCAAAAUGGUGCUUUUGAUCAUUGUUUGAAUCACAUUCCUUCCAUCUAUACAGAUACCUAAGAACAGCUUUAUCCUUUGUUUCCUUUAUUAUUACUAUAACUGUAUACAUAGUAACAAAAAUGCUCUCCCAGUACUUUUAUUUAGUCUGUAUCUCUAUGUGCUCAUUUAAAUAAACACCUCACAUUUACCAAUCCAUUUUAUAAAUGAAUAUACUGUAUAAGAAAAAUUAUUGGAACCUGUUCCUUUGCUGUGGCACUUUGAAUUUCAUGCUUUAAGGGAAUGAGGAGCAUUUGAAACAACUUGUUUUAUAAUUUCUUACUAAGAAUGUAAAUGUAAGUUAUAUAAUAACUUGUAAAGAUUUUUUUCUGAAAUGUAUGUUUUCAAUUUGAGACUGUUGCUCCCUUUAAUAGUUUUAGUUUCAUUCAUUGGACAUUUUCUUGACUAAACGGACUUUUUUAAUCACAGACCUCAUGUAUAUAAAGCCUUCAUUUGCUCAGCUGGUUUUAUAUUUUCAGUUUUACAAGAAAGCAUUAAAAACUGGAUACAAGUAUACUGUUUCUUACCUUCAGUCUGAUAAACCCUGAUC